CCGUGUGUGCCGUCCGUUGGAGGUUGGAGCCUGCUCUGCAGCCGGAAGACGAAGCUAGAAAUCCACCACGCCACGCCAGGACGCACCGCCACAAAGCAAGGCAUGGGCAACGAGGCGUCCCGAGCAGAAGCAGGCCACUGAAAACGGCAAACGCAAAGGCGAAAGGCUACCAGAGUGGCCGUCGAGUGCGCAUCGCAUCGGCACAGCCCACCAGACCACCACCACCACACUACUGGUUGAUACUAGAGGGAGGGAGGGGCCGCCCCGGGGCGCUGAGGCGAGGCGUGGGGCGGAGGCUGCCGCGAUGGGCUCCGCCAUGUCGUCGAGCAUGGCGCUCCCGCUCGCGGGCUUCUGCUGCAGCGUCAUCUUCAUCGUCUUCGUCUGCUCCCGCCUCGCCUGCGCGCUCAUCCGCCGCCGCCGGGCCCGCCGGGCCCGCCGCGCCCCGGACCUCCCGCAGUACGCCGUCUCCCACUACUCCUACCCCGUCCACGUCGCUCGCCACUCCGUGGGGAGCGGCGCCGGUGGGGGCCUCGAUCCCGCCGCCGUCGCGGCCUUCCCCACCCGCGCCUUCGCCGCCACCCCGCGCGGCUCGGGCGCCUCCGACGACUCCUCCGAAGCCGAUUCCCAGUGCAUCAUCUGUCUUGCGGAGUAUGAAGAGAAAGAUGUGCUACGCACCCUUCCUUACUGCGGCCAUGAUUUCCACAUGGCCUGUAUAGAUUUGUGGCUGGAGCAGAACUCAACCUGCCCAGUCUGUAGAAUCUCGUUGCUUGAUAACCCUGAUACCGAUAGCGACCACACCACACCUCCUCUACACAGCAUAGUGAUUAGCCCUCCAAGCUCUCCUGAAUCGUCAAGAUCAGAUCCAUGCCGCUGCCUGUUUGUCAGCGCUGGACAUUCAUCCAGGGCAUCAGAGGCUCCUAGACAUGAGCCCGACCAGGAGAAUCAGGUGGCAUCUGACCCAUCAGUGGAUGGGGCUAACAACAUGCCGUUGUCUGAAGUUAACCCCACGCCUGAGAAUAACAGCCAAACAGUAAGAAAGCAGGUGGACAGAUCUACCCAGCUAGGGCCCUGCAAAUAGCAGCUGCUUUGGCGUCUCCCGUUUUCUGCAGAACUGCAGGGCGAAGGUGGUCCUGUAAAAUGUGAAGCAUCUGCACUGGCGGAUGGCUGUUGUAGGUUAGCUUUGAGGGGUUUGUUGUAUAUAUGAGAAAUCAUUCAGGUUUUUUUCUUGUUGGAGAAAAAAGAGAGAGAGAGAGCACAUUUCCCCCCCCCUUCAGGCAUACUACCUGUUGUUGCCAUGAACAGAUAGGACGAAGUAAAUCCUGAUUAGUCCCAUGUGAUGACUGAUGAGAGCAUUUGGCAUUGGCAUGCUUUCUGUACUGGAGGUUAAACUGAGAAAACCAUUUGAAAUGAACAAGCUUCUCUGGGGAUACUGGAGGUUAACUGCUGA